AUGAUAAUGUGUCGUCUUAUUAGGACUCCUGUUAGCGUGAAGGUGAACAAACUUGCAAAUAUUUCUGAGCAGCUCUCCUUCCCAGGAGAACAGGUUGCAGGAAAGCAAGGAGAGGUUUGGAACAGACAGAUACUUGUGGCAAAGCCUUCUGCUCGAGUACAUCUUCCUUAUGGGGAUUUUAACAUAAAGUACUACAAUGUGACAGCUCUUCAGACAUACCAGACUGAUCCUGCCAUGAAAAAGAUGCUAACUCAGCUGUAUUUCUAUGUCAUGCCUGUAUUUAAUGUGGAUGGAUACCAUUAUAGCUGGACAAAUGAUCGGUUCUGGAGAAAAACAAGAUCAAAGAACUCCAGGUUUUGGUGUUAUGGGGUUGAUGCUAAUCGCAACUGGAAAGUGAAAUGGUGCGAUGAAGGGGCCUCACUUCACCCUUGCGAUGACACCUACUGUGGUCCCUUCCCUGAGUCUGAGCCUGAAGUAAAGGCUGUUGCUCAUUUUCUUCGCAAACAUCGUAAACAAAUAAAAGCCUACUUGUCCUUCCAUGCCUAUGCACAGAUGCUGCUGUACCCUUACUCUUACAAAUAUGCAACUAUUCCAAACUUCAGCUGUGUGGAGUCUGCGGCCUAUAAUGCUGUUAAUGCUCUUCAGUCUGCCUAUGGUGUAAGGUACAGAUACGGUCCUGCAUCCAGCACUUUGUAUGUGAGUUCUGGCAGCUCUAUGGACUGGGCCUACAAAAACGGUAUCCCAUAUGCGUUUGCGUUUGAGCUGCGCGACACCGGGCACUUUGGAUUUUUACUCCCUGAGACGCUGAUCAGACCAACCUGCACAGAGACCAUGCUUGCAGUUAAAAAUAUCACUUUUCAUCUGCUGAAGAAAUGUUACUGAGAGCUAUUUCUAGGCUCUGGAACUGAGAAUUUUAUUUCCAGAAUUAAUGCCUUUCAGUGAAUUUAUCAUGCUAAGCUUGGCCUAUAGAAACUAUAGAAGAUAAUGGGAAAUAUGGUAUUGUUUCUACUAGGUUCACAUGGCUGGAAAUGGAAAAAAGUCCAUGAAGUUGAUAUACUAUCUUAGUUAUCCAUUUGAUGUAACAUGCUUAGUUCUUUCUCGUGAUAGAUCUCUGACAGGGACUUCAGUGGAGCAGGCCUAGGGCUACAUAUAGAUGCCUGAGAGAAAACUCAGUUUCCACACUGUCCCUGGCCUUACUGCUUCCCCAAACAUAGACUUCCCUUAGCAGAGUUUCUCAAACCAGGGGAUAAAGUUUACAUUCAUGUAUACACACUCUGAGCCCCAGCAUGGGCUCAUGUCUAUAGCAGUAAAUGGCAGUAUGGCAUAUAGUUCCAGCUGGCUGUGCUACAGGUAGCAAAGCGGCUUUCUUCUGCAUGUAUGCAUACAUAUGUAUUUGCACUUCUGUGAUUUCUUUUCAUACAAUGUGAGAUUUGACUCAGUGUUCCCUUUAACCGUUAAGAAAUAUCUACUUCCCAACAUAUACAUUGGAAUGGACACAUUACCUUUGAAAAUGUAACUUCCCUGGAGACAUGUAAGAAUUAUAAUGAAAUAUUACUGAACUAUACAGUAGUGCUAUAUGGAACGACAUAACUGACAAAGCAACUUGCCAUGACAUGGAGCUUGGAACCGGGCAGGCAACAGGUUACUGUGGGUCUUGCUGUAGUCAAUUUGUGCCCACUUCCACCAGAAGCAGAUAUAGACUUAAACUGCAGUUGUGGUGCUAAGUGAUAUUUUAUUCAUUGGUAACCUUGCAGUGAGUUCUGUGACUAUGUGGCUGUUCUUGGAAGUCAUAUUUUUUGCAUGCUUUAAAGGAAUUAAUAAUAGAUUCUUAAGUGGGAUAGAGGUGAAAUCAGAAGCUUUAUAGCUGAAAGAGAACCAGCACCAUGUUGGAAAGAAUAAUUAUGUGAAAAAAUGUAACAACUUGUUGAGGUUUUUGGGGUGCUUUUAAAAUAUUAUUUUUUCAUCAUAUUAUAUCUGCAAAAGCAUAUAUUUUACUUUAUUAUUUUUGAGUUUAAUCUUAUGCCAUAACAAUUUAAAUAAGAUGUAUUUGUUAAUAAAACCA